AUGCAUAUCCGUUUUGGCGAAAAGAUAAAAUAUGAGGCCAACGAGGAUGAGUCAAAGAUUGAGAACAUUGGCGAUGUGAAACUAACAAAUGUUAACAAGAAGUUUUCACGUAUCUCUCCGAAACCAAAGUCUUCGGAUUCGCAUACGCUGGAAGAAAAAAUUAACUCAACGCUGGAUCACAUUUCCAGUUCACGCUUCAGGUCCUGGCGCUUGAUGAUGCGCAAUCUUCCGUUUCAGACUAAAGAGCAAGACUUACAUGAUAUAUGUAAAAAUAUCGGACCGGUGACAGAAAUUGUUCUACCGAAAUGCAAGGAUUCACGCUUUCCGGAUUCAUGCGCUGGUUUUGCUUUCAUACAGUUCAAAAAACGUCCAGAUGCUAUAAAAGCUCUUGAAACUUUAAAUAUGUCCGAGGUUAAAGGCAGAAAAAUUGCUGUUGACUGGGCUUUACCGAAGGAUACCUACGAAACAGCAAAACAUGAAGGUUUCUUUUUUACAUUAAACAGCAAUUAUUUGUGA